ACAUAUACUUAUUACUCAUUUCUUCUUAGUUGGUAACCCCCAAAACACAAAAAUCAUUUCCUCACAGUUAGACCACAGUCCAAACAAUGCAAUUCAACUGUGUUCAUUUUCUUCAAAACAAGACGAUUCUUGUGACCGGCGCAACCGGUUUCCUUGCAAAGGUUUUUGUGGAGAAAAUUUUGAGAGUACAACCAAAUGUGAAUAAGCUGUACCUCGUGGUGAGAGCAUCCGACAAUGAAGCCGCGAAGAAACGCUUACGCACAGAGGCAUUUGAGAAAGAUCUUUUUAAGGUGUUAAGAGAGAAUCUUGGCGAUGAGAAAUUGAAUGUAUUGUUGUCCGAAAAAGUUGUCCCGGUGGCUGGUGAUAUCGCGAUGGAUCAUUUAGGCAUGAAGGACUCUCAACUCAGAGAACGUAUACAAAAAGAAAUCGAUAUUGUUGUCAAUGUCGCAGCCACAACUAACUUCGACGAGAGAUAUGAUGUUGGUCUUGGAAUUAACACAUUUGGAGCUCUCAAUGUCCUUAACUUUGCCAAAAAAUGUGUUAAAGCUCAAUUGCUUCUCCAUGUUUCAACUGCUUAUGUUUGGGGAGAGAAACCAGGUCUCCUACCUGAAAAACCAUUCGUCAUGGAAGAGAUUCGUAGCGAGAAUGGUCUUCAAUUGGAUAUAAACCUUGAAAGGAAGCUUAUGAAGCAACGAUUGAAAGAACUCAAUGAACAAGAUUGUUCCGAAGAAGACAUUACUCUCUCCAUGAAAGAACUCGGCAUGGAAAGAGCAAAGCUUCAUGGAUGGCCAAACACAUAUGUUUUCACCAAAUCGAUGGGAGAGAUGCUUCUUGGUAACCAUAAAGAAAAUCUUCCUCUCGUCAUUAUCCGUCCCACCAUGAUCACUAGCACUCUUUCAGAACCAUUUCCUGGUUGGAUAGAAGGAUUAAGAACUGUAGACAGCGUUAUUAUUGCGUACGGAAAAGGAGUGCUCAAGUGUUUUCUUGUCGAUGUAAACUCGGUUUGCGAUAUGAUACCAGCGGAUAUGGUGGCAAACGCGAUGAUCACAGCUGCGGCCACACAUGCUGGAGGUUCAAAUGUUCACAUGGUGUACCAAGUUGGUUCAUCUCACCAAAACCCAAUAACAUAUGGAGAGAUCCGUGAGAUUUAAUUUUGUUUUGUUUCUUCACCAAAAACUCUUUGCGCAGUCGCAAUGGCUCUUUGAUAACCGUCACAAAAAUGAAGCUAAUACCAACUAUGGCUUUGUUCAGUCUCUACAUGACCCUACGUUACAAACUACCUCUCCAGGUAUUUAUAGGAAUAAGAGGAUUUUUAGUUA